CUGCUCAGGCCACCCAAAAGCGAAAGAAGAAGAAGAAGCAGACGCGACCACGCUGCGGCUUCCUUCCUUUCUCUCUUCGCUGAAGCGCGGCUCCGACGUGGCGAGAUGGCUGAAGACUGGGAGACCACACCAGCAGUCACUGAAACCCCAGAGAUCAAGUUAUUCGGGAAGUGGAGUACAGAUGAUGUCCAAAUUAACGACAUCUCCCUGCAGGACUACAUUGCGGUGAAGGAGAAGUACGCCAAGUACCUGCCCCACUCCAGCGGGCGCUAUGCGGCCAAGCGCUUCAGGAAGGCCCAGUGUCCAAUCGUGGAGCGCGUCACCAACUCCAUGAUGAUGCGCGGCCGUAACAACGGCAAGAAGCUCCUGAGCGUGCGCAUCGUGAAGCAUGCCUUCGAGAUUAUCCACCUGCUCACAGGCGAGAAUCCCCUGCAGAUUCUGGUAAACGCCAUAAUCAACAGCGGCCCCAGGGAGGACUCCACGCGCAUCGGUCGUGCAGGGACGGUGCGGAGACAAGCUGUGGACGUGUCUCCUCUGCGCAGAGUCAACCAGGCUAUCUGGCUGCUCUGCACUGGUGCUAGAGAAGCAGCCUUCAGGAACAUCAAGACCAUAGCGGAGUGCCUUGCAGAUGAGCUCAUCAACGCUGCCAAGGGCUCAUCCAACUCUUAUGCCAUUAAGAAGAAAGAUGAAUUGGAGCGAGUGGCCAAGUCCAACCGUUAAACUUUGCGCAAAGUGAAGUUAAAUAAAGAAAUUCAGUGUUGUCUCA